CUGAAAAUUGCGGGUAAAAUUAGUUUACAAUCCAGUUUUAUGUUGCAAUGUUGCGCUAAUUCAUGGAAAAAUGAACGAAGUUCAAAAUAUUAUUGACCGUCAACUUGGAAUAUACUCUCGUUUCAACUACGAUUUCGUGUUGAAAAGGUUGAUGGUACACAGCGAUGAGUCUUUCUACGGGCUACAGAACAACACCUUGCCUCCUGAUUUCGACCAGGACCCUCCGAUAUUUGCGUGUCGUUUCUCCGAAGCUCCAGGUUAUCCACAUAUCCUUGCACUCGCAAAUGAGGACGGUCGGGUCGCUAUUCAGGAUACAAGGACAAUGGAAACUACAAAAAAAUUGGAAGGCUUUCAGUGUCACUACAAUGCUGUCUUUGACCUGGUUUGGAUGCCGCUGUAUAUGAAAUUUGUUACUGUAUCAGGUGAUCACACGGCGUGCCUGUGGGACGUAUCGGAGACAGGCCCUCGUCGCGAACUAUCGUUCACUGGACACACACGAUCCGUGAAGACAGCUGCCUUUCCUCGUCUUGAACCGCGCGUGUUCGCCACCGGGGCCCGCGAUGGUCGCGUGUUACUGUGGGACUCCCGGGCUCCUGGACGCCCUCAACUGGCUCUAGAGGCCUGCCAUGCUGAGAGAUCGUCCACUCCGUCUCGUUCACGAAGAGUAGCACCCCGCCGGGCCCUCUCUAUCACCGGCAUCGUCUUCCGCGAUGACGUUACACUGAUUUCGUGUGGCGAAUGCGAUGGCACCAUUAAAGUCUGGGACACGCGCAAAAGUUACAGCGUUUACAAGAGAGAGCCACUGCCGAGAAACUCCAUCCCGUACUGCGGUAGCUCAGCAAGAAACGGUUAUACGAACUUGAUAGUCGACGAGGCUCGUGUCAGACUCUACGCUAGCUGCAUGGACGACGUAGUGUACUGCUUCAACGUCUCAACUUUUAAUUCGCUACCGGAACAGAGAUACGUCGGUCACGAGAAUAGUACGUUCUACAUCAAGACGGGAAUGAGCCCCGAUGGAGCUUACCUCGUGAGCGGCAGUAGUGAUAAAAACGCGUACGUGUGGAACGUGAAGUGCUCGCAGCCGAUAGUUCGUUUAAACGGCCACCGCGCGGAGGUGACUUGCGCGGCUUGGUGUUCGCAAGGUGACGUCAAGAUCGUGACGUGCAGCGAUGACGCGCGACAUAAGAUCUGGCGUUUGGGUCGGGAGUUCCCCGAGUCCGAGGUAGAGACGCGUGGACACGCCGAAGUAACUCCUCGCAUAGACGCGAGCCUUACCCCGCGCUGGGGGGCUCCGGAACGCACUCCUAGCUCUCUGAAGCGCCGGUCGGGCUCCGCCCCGGGCUCCGGGGGCAAGCGGGCGCGCCCCGCCCCGCGGACCAAGCGCUGCCUCGCCGACCUCAUGUGCGGCCGGGAGCCCGACGACACGGGGGCGAAGCGCCUGCGGAUCGAUGCAACUAUACCCGAGGAGGAUGAGAACACUCCGGGUGAAUCGACCCCUCGCGGGGCGAAGCGCCCGGCCACGCCCCCGGCCGACUCGACACCGCCCAAAAGAAACUGCUCGGAAUCGGAAAACUGGACAUACUUCUCGCCAAAGGCGGGCACCUCUUUCAUGACUCCGACAAAAAAUUACGAAAAGCGAAAUUGCAAAAUUCUUUCCCCGAGGAGUCCGAAGGCUCUCUCUCCCACCGAUGUCAAUAACAGGACACCCGUCAAGAAUUCACCCACCAAAGUAAAAAUUAUAAGAUUCACGACGCCCACGAAAGAUUUGCCCAAUUUCGUCUUAACUGGAGAGGCGCCGCACUUGAGACUGAUGUCGCCGGUUAGGAAAAAGCAGGAAACGACCGACUGGUUGACGCUCAUGGUGCGCGAAAAGAAAAGCAAAACUACAGAGGGAAAUGAUAGAACCAAUGUUACACUAGCUAGUCCAAAAGAAACUCUGCCCACGCGUAGAAAUUCAACUACAGAGAAAACUCCUAAAUCAAACAGUAAAAAUAGAAGUAUACUCAAAUAUUUCAGUGUUGCUAAAAAAGAUAAAUGAAAUAUCAGUAAUAUUUUCUCGUCAUCUUUCAGUUUGGGGUCUCACCCCAAUAAAGAAACUCGUGAAAAUUGGUAACUACGAAUAAGACUAUUAAAUGGUGCAUCAUUUUGAAUUGCUUGUGUUGUAAGGCGUGGAAAAUCUAUCGAGAAAAUGGAGGAAAAGCUUGCAAAAAAACCACCAGUUAAUGUCCCUCUCACACAGGAUUAUCCAUAUUGUAUUAGUUUACUAAGAUUUUUAAUUCAAAAUGUUUUUAAUUAUGCGUUAAUGGAAACUUGUUUUAAGAUUUUGACUGUUACGACCGACAUCACUAAGAUCCAAGUUGAUAUUUGACAAGUCUCACAAUGACUCUUGAAUUUGAUUUUCUCAAAUAUCACUCAAUAUGCUCCAGAAUUUAAUGUAACCUUUCUACAAUAAAAACAAUAUAGAAAAAAAUAAUACACAAUGUGUAUAA